AUUGCAGACGUUUUGUAAAGUAAAUAGGUUCAGUUUUGUUCACUCCUCAAAAUGAGGCGAAGAGUCGAUAAAUCUGAAAGAAAAUUUCAAGCUGCAAGACAUCAACAAUCAAGCCCAUCACCUAGGCCUAAACAUGUGCAUGCAAGCUCUCAGUGGUCAUGGGCGAAAAUAGGACUUGUAUCUCUCCUCAUACUUGGUGCAACAAUCCCAUUUCUUCUGCAUGUCUUCUCUGACAUUGAUGACCUCAGCCGACCUUCAGAUUUGGGUCUUAAUCAUACUAUAAAUUUCUAUCUGAAAACUGAGGAGGGUGUGAGGGUGGGCGUGUGGCAUACUGUACCUGAACAUAGGUGGAAGGAGGCGCAGGGUAAGAACGUAGAGUGGUAUGAGAAGGCUCUAGGGGACGGAUCACCAAUUUUCAUGUACCUUCAUGGCAAUACAGGCAACAGAUCUGCACCUCAUCGUAUUGGAGUUGCAAAUAUCCUAAGUGCUCUUGGAUAUCAUGCCUUGGUGAUGGACUACAGAGGUUUUGGGGACUCGACUGGUGAACCCACAGAGCCUGGACUGACUACUGAUGCUCUAUACUUGUAUAACUGGAUUAAGAAGCGCAGUGGAAACAGCCUGCUGUGUGUGUGGGGUCACUCCCUUGGUAGUGGUGUAACUACUAACACUGCAGUUAAAUUACUGGAGCAAGGAAAAAAGUUUGACGGAAUAAUACUGGAGGGCGCAUUCCUAAGCGGGCGAAUGGCAGCUGAUCAAGUCUUUGAACACCCUUUUACCUGGUAUUAUUGGAAGUUCCCGUAUAUUCAGUAUUUCCUCUUCAAUCCAAUGAAAAACAACAAUCUAGAUUUUCCAACUGAUAAAAAUUUGGAAAAAAUCAGAUCUCCGAUUAUGAUUCUCCACUCCGAAGAUGACCAUAUAGUGCCCAUGAGUGUGGCUCAGGAGAUUUACAGAAUUGCAAAAAAGGCUCAGAACUCAGAUGAACGAGUCAAGCUGGUGCCAUUUGAUGGAAAGUAUGGAUACCUUCAUAAUGGGCUUUAUAGAGACCCUGCUUUGCCAAAUAUCGUAAGGGAGUUUGUGCAGUCACUAACAGCAUGAGACGGUGUAAGAAGAGGAUGAUUUACAAGUAGUAAUCAGCUACCUCAAACAGUUUUUUGUUAUCGCUGGUGUUGUAACUGUAAACUUACAGUUCUUUUUAACUACAUUAAUAAACAUUAACAUUUUAUGAAACUA